AUGGCUUCAAUUCUCCGAAAGGCAAAGAUUACACCUCAUCUAUCUUCGACCAGGGGCCACAACUCACUAGGAUGGCUGGACACUUACCACAGCUUUUCCUUUGCCGACUGGUACGACCCCAAGUACACUCACUUUGGAUCCCUACGGGUCUUGAAUGAGGAUAGAGUGAAGCCCAACACUGGAUUCCCCACCCACCCUCAUCGAGACUUUGAAAUCUUCAGCUACAUUCUAUCCGGAGAGUUGACGCAUCGCGACUCUAUGCUCGCCAAGGGCAAGGAGGGGGGCCAAUCCGAUAAAUUCUUCCGCAUGCACCGUGGAGACGUGCAAUUCACUACAGGCGGCACGGGAAUAGCCCACUCAGAAUUCAACGAGCACAACAAGGAUACGGUCCACUUCCUUCAGAUCUGGGCUAUUCCAUGGAAGAGGGGCUUGACUCCGCGAUAUCACACUCGCAAUUUCCCAGACCAGGACAAAAGAGAGGGCUUUGUAAAGAUCCUCAGCCCGCUCAAGGCCGGCGAGGAUGCUACCGCACAAGAGGAAGCAGAAGCAGAGCCCGUCAUUCCCAACACAAUCCCCAUUCACGCAGAUUUCGUCAUGGGCGCUGGCAUCAUCGCACCCGAUGGCAAGUUUGAGUGGACUGUUGGAGGCGGCGCAACCCAAACAACACAGCGGAAAGUGUACGUCCACGUACCAAUGCUCAAGGGCGGAAGGGCCAAGAUCCGACUUGAUGGGCGAGAGGACGCGGAGCUUUCUGAGGGAGACGGCGCAUUUAUUGAGGGAGUUCAGAUUGGAGACAAGUUGGUAGUGGAAAGCAUUGGAGAGGCCGAGGCCGAGGUGGUUGUGCUUGACACGGCUUGA